AUGGGCCACCUUCUCUCGAAGGAGCCGCGUAACCGCCCGAGCCAGAAGAGGCCUCGCUGUUGCAGUUGGUGCCGCCGCCGCCGCCCUCUCCUCAGGCUGCCCCGCCGGACCCCGGCCAAGGCGCCCCCCCAGCCGGCGGCGCCCCGGAGCCGGGACUGCUUCUUCCGCGGGCCCUGCAUGCUCUGCUUCAUCGUGCACAGCCCCGGCGCGCCCGCCCCCGCCGGCCCAGAGGAGGAGCCGCCGCUCUCGCCGCCGCCGCGGGACGGGGCCUACGCCGCGGCCGCCUCCUCGCAGCACCUGGCGCGGCGCUACGCGGCCCUGGCUGCCGAGGACUGUGCUGCCGCCGCCCGCCGCUUCCUGCUAUCCUCGGCCGCCGCCGCAGCAGCUGCCGCUGCCUCGGCCUCGUCGCCCGCCUCCUGCUGCAAAGAGCUGGGGCUGGCUGCGGCCGCCGCCUGGGAGCAGCAGGGCCGGAGCCUCUUCUUGGCCAGCGUGGGGCCCGUGCGCUUCCUGGGGCCGCCCGCCGCCGUGCAACUCUUCCGGGGGCCGCUGCCGCCGGCCGAGCCCCCUACACCCCCAGAAAUGGUGUGUAAGCGGAAGGGGGCCGGGGUCCCCGCCUGCACCCCCUGUAAGCAGCCCCGCUGCGGCGGUGGGGGAUGCGGCGGCGGCGGCGGCGGCGGAGGGCCUGCAGGGGGAGGUGCCUCGCCGCCGCGGCCCCCCGACGCCGGCUGCUGCCAGGGCUCCGAGCAGCCACCGCAGCCGCUCUGCCCCCCGCCCUCCUCUCCCACUUCCGAAGGUGCCCCCACAGAGGCCGGCGGGGACGUGGUCCGAGCGGGGGACACCGCCCCCUCGCCCGCCCAGCAGCAGCAUGAAUGCGGCGACACGGACUGUCAGGAGCCCCCCGAAAAUCCCUGCGACUGUCACAGGGAUCCACCCCCUGAAACCCCAGACAUCAACCAGCUGCCGCCAUCCAUCCUGCUCAAGAUAUUUUCCAAUUUAUCCCUGGAUGAGCGUUGCCUUUCUGCCUCAUUGGUUUGCAAGUACUGGCGUGACCUUUGUUUAGAUUUCCAGUUUUGGAAGCAGCUGGAUCUUAGUAGUCGUCAGCAGGUCACUGAUGAAUUAUUGGAAAAAAUUGCAUCAAGAAGUCAGAAUAUAAUUGAAAUCAACAUUUCUGAUUGUCGCAGUAUGUCUGAUACUGGCGUAUGUGUUCUAGCAUUUAAGUGUCCUGGACUUCUUAGGUAUACAGCCUACAGGUGUAAACAGCUUUCUGACACUUCUAUUAUUGCGGUUGCCUCUCAUUGUCCUUUACUUCAGAAAGUUCAUGUAGGCAACCAGGACAAACUUACUGAUGAAGGACUCAAACAGCUGGGCUCAAAGUGCAGAGAACUCAAAGAUAUACAUUUCGGCCAGUGUUACAAGAUCUCAGAUGAAGGCAUGAUCGUCAUAGCUAAGGGGUGUCUGAAAUUACAAAGAAUAUACAUGCAGGAAAACAAAUUAGUGACAGACCAGUCGGUGAAAGCAUUUGCUGAGCACUGUCCUGAACUUCAGUACGUUGGCUUCAUGGGUUGUUCAGUUACUUCUAAAGGAGUCAUUCACCUCACCAAGCUACGAAAUCUUUCCAGCUUGGACCUACGUCAUAUCACUGAACUGGAUAAUGAAACUGUGAUGGAAAUUGUCAAGAGGUGCAAAAAUCUUAGCUCUCUCAAUCUCUGUCUGAACUGGAUCAUAAAUGACAGGUGUGUGGAGGUCAUUGCAAAGGAAGGACAAAACCUGAAAGAGCUGUAUUUGGUGUCCUGUAAAAUCACAGAUUAUGCGCUGAUAGCCAUCGGCCGGUAUAGCAUGACGAUAGAGACUGUGGAUGUCGGCUGGUGUAAAGAAAUUACAGAUCAAGGAGCCACCCUCAUUGCACAGAGCAGCAAAUCCCUGAGAUACUUGGGGCUGAUGAGAUGCGAUAAAGUCAACGAAGUCACGGUGGAGCAGCUGGUGCAGCAGUACCCCCACAUCACCUUCAGCACCGUGCUGCAGGACUGCAAGAGGACCUUGGAGAGAGCCUAUCAGAUGGGCUGGACCCCCAACAUGUCUGCCGCCUCCUCCUAACACUCCUGCUCAUGUGUACGGCCACUCGGGUCAUUCAGCAGCAUGGAGAGGACCUGGAGAUUUGGGGUGGGUGAUCCCUUGGAA